CGCCCGUGCGCGUCCCCGCCCGGCGGCGGGGCGGGCCGAGCCGGGGCCGCAGCCGCAGCCGCAGCCGGGGCCGAGCCCAGCCCAGCGCAGCGGGACAUGGAGGCCGCGCCGGCGGAGCAGGGCCCCCCCGCGCCGCCGCCGCCGCCGCCGCCGCUCCCGGAGAAGAAGAAGAAGCCGCAGCGGGCGCCGUCGCCCGCCCGCCCCAAGGAGGUGCCCGGCUGGUCGCUGGCCAAGAGCCGGCGCGGCGGCGGCGGCGGGGGGCACCCGGGCGCGGCCCCGCGGCUGGCGGCGGGGGGCGCGCACCCGCACCCGCGGCGGGCGGGGGGCGGCAAGGAGGGGCGCCCCGAGAAGCGGGCGGCGGCGGCGGCCCGGGCCGGCGGCAAGGGGCCGGCGGGGCGCGGUGCGGUGCGGGCGAAGGGGCGGUGCCGCGGGGCGGAGACGGCGGCGGCCGGGGCGCGGCGGCCGGGAGCGGGGUCCGUGCCCGGGUCGGUGCCCGGGGCCGGGCUGACCGACAGCAGCUCGGAGGUGUCGGACUGCAGCGCCUCGGAGGAGGCGAAGCUGCUCUCGCUGGAGCUGGGGCUCAGCGGCAGCGACGGCGAGUCCCCGGGCAGCGCCCCGCCGCCGCCGCCCUCGGCCGGCGAGGCCUCGCCGCUGCCCGAGGAGCCCUCCAUGGCCUCCAUGGCCAGCAGCCGCCUGCAGCUCAGCACCUCGCUCGCCUUCUCCGACCUCACCGAGGAGCUCCUGGACGCCGGCACCGACGGGCUGCUCCGCGAGCUGGAGGACCUGCGCUCCGAGAACGACUAUCUCAAGGAUGAGAUCGAGGAGCUGCGUGCCGAGAUGCUGGAGAUGAGGGAUGUCUACAUGGAGGAGGAUGUCUACCAGCUACAGGAGCUCCGGCAGCAGCUGGACCAGGCCAGCAAGACCUGCCGCAUCCUGCAGUACCGUCUGCGCAAGGCCGAGCGCCGCAGCCUGCGUGUGGCACAGACGGGCCAGGUGGACGGCGAGCUCAUCCACAGCCUCGAGCAGGAUGUCAAGGUGGCCAAGGAUGUCUCCGUGCGGCUCCACAAUGAGCUGGAGGCAGUGGAGAAGAAGAGGAUCAGGCUGGAGGAGGAGAAUGAGGACCUGCGUCAGCGGCUCAUCGAGAUGGAGCUGGCCAAGCAGGUGGUGCAGAACGAGAUGGACAAGCUCCGAGAGAAUUCCCUGAAGAAGCGGGGCUCUCGCUCUAUGGGGAAGACCGAGAAGAAACCAUCAGUGCAGGAGGACAGCGCGGACCUGAAGUGCCAGCUGCAUUUUGCCAAGGAGGAGUCUGCCCUGAUGUGCAAGAAGCUGACCAAGCUGGCCAAGGAGAACGACGGCAUGAAGGAGGAGCUGCUGAAGUACAGGUCCUUGUACGGGGACCUCGACAGCUCCCUCUCCGUGGAGGAGUUGGCUGACUCUCCCCAUUCCCGGGAGGCUGAGUUGAAGGUCCACCUCAAGCUGGUAGAGGAGGAAGCCAACAUCCUCAGCCGGAGGAUAGUGGAGCUGGAGGUGGAAAACCGCGGGCUGCGGGCAGAGAUGGACGACAUGAAGGGCCAGGGGGACAGAGAGCUGCCGGGGCAGGACACACGGUUCCUGGCAGGUGUCUCUGGCUGCGGGGACGCGGGGGACACGGUGGCAGAGCUGCGCCGGCACCUGCAAUUCGUGGAGGAGGAGGCCGAGCUGCUGAGGCGCUCGCUGCUGGAGCUGGAGGACCAGAACAAGCUCCUCCUGAACGAGCUGACCAAGUACAAGUCGGACCAUGAGCUGGACGUGACGCUGUCAGAGGAUAGCUGCUCAGUGGUCAGCGAGCCCUCGCAGGAGGAGCUGGCCACAGCCAAGGUGCAGAUCAGCGAGCUGAGCGGCAAGGUGAAGAAGCUGCAGUAUGAGAACCGUGUGCUGCUCUCCAACCUCCAGCGCUGCGACCUGGCCUCCUGCCAGACCACCCGGCCCAUGCUGGAGACCGAUGCUGAGGCUGGUGACUCGGCGCAGUGCAUCCCCACUGCCGGCUGGAGGGACGGGAUGGGCAGCAGCGAAGCCGACGGGGAGGACAGGGUGCCCGGCAGUGGGAAGGUGCCCGAUGGUCCCGCCAAGCUGCUCAAGGCCAAGGACCUGGAGACCUUGCUGGGCAUCCGGGACCAGGCGACACUUGUCAGCAAAGCAAUCGACGUCUUGAUUUCAGAUGCCAAUGGCUUCACCUCUGGGCUGAAGGCUUGCAUGGACAACGAGUGCAUGGGGGGGCUGCUGGGUGAGGCGGUGGGUAGUGGCAGCGAGAGCCCCAGCGAUGCCAAGCUGAUGAAUGUGCUCCUCAUGCGGUUGGGUGUGCUCCAGCAGGACCUGGGCUGCUUCACAAGGAAGGUGGACCACCUCACCAGUGGCCUCAAGGAGCACACGGACUCUUUCCCCUUCUCUGGCCCCGGCAGCCACGACACCACCAAAGAGGGACUGCAGAAGGAGCAUGCCUCUGACUUCCAGCAGCCUGAUUUUAGGGACGCCGACCCUUACCGCAUCCCCCACACCAAGGACAUGGACCCCACGCAUCCCCGGAGCUACAAAACCUGCCGGCCUGAGGAGAACGACUCCUACGCCACCGAGAUGAAGGAGCUGCAGCUGGUGCUGUCAGAGGCCAACGAGAGCCUGCGGGGACUGCAGGAGCAGCUCUCACAGGAGAGACAGCUGAGGAAGGAUGAGGUGGACAACUUCUCACAGAAGAUCUGCCAGCUGAAGGAGGACCAUCAGAAAGCUCUGCUGCGGCGGGAGUUCGAACUGCAGAGCCUGAACUUGCAGAGGCGGCUGGAGCAGAAGUUCUGGAGCCAGGAGAAGAACCUGCUGGUGCAGGAGUCGCAGCAGUUCAGGCAGAGCUUCCUCCUGCUCUUCAUGAAGCUCAAGUGGUUCCUCAAGCGCUGGCGCCAGGGCAAGAUGGUGCACAGUGAGGGCGAGGACUUUUUGGAGGUGAACAGCAUGAAGGAGCUGUACUUGCUGCUGGAGGAAGAGGAGCUCGCCCCGCAGCAGCAGACAGACAACAAGACAUGCACUGGGGACAGCUGGACCCCCAACACGCCCAACGAGUGCAUCAAGACGCUGGCAGACAUGAAGGUGACGCUGAAGGAGCUGUGCACCGAGCUGCGGGAGGAGCGGCGCAGCGCCAGCGAGCUGCAGCAGCAGUUCACCAAGGCCAAGGCUGCCUGGGAGAUGGAGCGCGCCGAGCUCAAGUGCCACAUCGCCCAGCUGGAGUCAAAGGCAGGCAAAGGGAUCACGGAGCGCACACUGCCAGACUGGAAGGUAGCGUUGAAGAGGGAGCGUGAGGAGCACCAGCAUCUCCUAGCCGAGUCCUACAGCGCCGUCAUGGACCUCACCAAGCAGCUGCAGAUCAGCGAGAAGAACUGGAACCAGGAGAAAGUGGAGCUGCUGGCCCGCUUCAAGGAGGAGCAGCAGCAAGCAGAGCAGCAAGCAAAGGACCUGCAGAACAAAAUCAACCAGUUGCAGAAAGGAGCCAACCCUUGGGCAUUGAAGCACUCUGAAAUGGAGAAGCAUGGCAGCAACUGGAAGGAGGCUCUCAAUGAAAAAAUCACAGACAAAGAGACAAUCGCUGAAGCAGAAGCCAAGGGAACCAACCUCAAAAGGACCAAGUCCGUUUCCUCCAUGUCAGAGUUUGAAAGCUUGCUCGACUGUUCUCCCUACCUCCCUGGAAAGACCACACCGGGGUUGGGUGACCAUUCCCGGGGUAAAAAGGCAUCUGCAGCCACCCAGCUGCUGCCCAACGGGAUCCGGGAUAGCACCAGUGUUCCUCCGUCAAACUGUACAUAUGUGAAUAUUGAGCAACCUGCCCCCGACAGCCUGGCCAAGGAGAAGCUGGGCAUCUCCUCCUGGGACUACUCAAAGGCAAGCAGCCUCUCUGGGCAUGACCCAGCCCAGAAGCAAAUGCAGAGGAGCUACACAGCGCCUGACAAGACAGGGAUCCGCAUCUACUACAGCCCGCCGGUGGUGCGGCGGCUGGAGGCACCUCUGGUGCACAACAAGGAGGGGAAGAUAAUGAUUGAACCCGGUUUCUUGUUCACCAUGGCCAAGCCGAAGGAGCCAGAGCAGUCAGCCAGCACUGAGAGCACCUACAGUCAGUGGCUGUGCAACUUCUCCAAGCAGCAGCGGGAGCUGCUGGAUGGCAGCACGGUGGAGAGCGUGGUGCCGCCGGUGCCCCGCUUCCCCCCAUCACUGCACGACCUGGAGAUCUCUGGCAACAUGAGCGACGACAUGAAGGAGAUCACCAACUGCGUGCGGCAGGCCAUCCGCUCCAGCUCACUGGAGAGGAAGGUGAAAAGCGCCUCCAGCCAGACCGUGGGGCUGGCCCACGUGGGGACGCAGACCAUCCAGACGGUCAGCGUCGGCCUGCAGACUGACCUGCCGCGCGGCAGUGGCGUGCACAGCAAGAGCUGGUCCCCGCGCAGCUCCUCCCUUGUGUCCGUGCGCAGCAAGCAGAUCUCCUCCUCCCUGGAUAAGGUCCACUCCAGGAUCGAGCGGCCAUGCUGCUCCCCAAAAUAUGGCUCUCCAAAGCUCCAGAGGAGGUCUUCCUCCAAGCUGGAUGCCUCCAAGGACAGGAGCCUCUGGAACCUGCACCAGAGCAAGCAGAAUGGCUCUGCCUGGGCCCGCUCUACAACCACCCGCGACAGCCCUGUCCUCAGCAACAUCAACGACGGCUUGUCCAGCUUGUUCAGUGUGGUGGAGCACGCAGGCAGCACUGAGUCCAUCUGGAAGCCAGGCUGCCCUGAGAUCAGCCGGGCCAAGCCCGAAGCACCCAAGUAUGGCCUUGUGCAGGAGUUCUUCAGGAACGUCUGCGGGCGGGCGCAGAGCCCCACUGCCCCCACAGAAAAGAAGGAGGUCACCGGGGAGGAGGGCAGCAAGAGAGCUGAGCACCCCAGCCCAGCCACCCACCACCCAGCCGAAAACAUCUCCCGCGUCUUGAACAAGAAAGUCCUCAAGCAGAGCAGCUGCGAGGACCCCAAGCUCUCGUCCCCCGGCCAGGGGAGUAAGGACGCAGCCCUGCGGGACCCCGACCUCAUCUCGGCCAUAGCUAGCGAGGACACGGCGUGUGACUGCAGCUCCCAAUCCCUUACGUCCUGCUUUGCCCGGCCGUCCCGCUCCACCGUCCGCCAUUCCCCCUCCAAGUGCAAACUGCACCCCGCGGACCCCCCCAGGGUGGAGGAGAAGCUGGGGGCCUCGAGUGAGUGAGGACAGGGGGCAGGGGGACGCAGCGUGCCUGCUAUCCACUCUCCUGCUGGAGGAGCGCCCGCGCUGACACCCCGUGGGGGCCCCUCUCGGAGGCAGCACGGGCGCAUCUGUCUCCUAACCGUCCCCUCGCCCCCGGGGACGCUUACGAAGCAGAUGUGGAGCCAGCAGCAGAGGCUGCCGGCAGCCCCGGGGUGCACGGGGACAUCCUGCCAGGGUGGCUGCUUCACCUCCUGUCUGUGCGGACACCCAAUCCCUCGGAGCCGCUGCCGGCACUGGGGGGUCCUUGCCAGUGCCCACCGCCCUGGGAAUGUCAUCUGAGACCCCGCCAUGCCGAGGGCUUGCCAGGGCCCCGAGAAGGGGAGAGCAGCUGGGGGAGGCUGCUCAUGUUGAUAGGGCAGUGCUGGGGCGAAGCACAGCAGGGACGCCCUAUGGAUGCGAUGGAUGGAGGCAUGAUGCUGUGUUGGCCCCCACAGGCGGAGGGUGCUGGCUCCGGCCCCCACGACCGCUGCCAGUGCUUCCUGCCCUGUCCGAGCUCCAGCGCAUCCCUGCCAGCCCCAGUUCCGGUGCGGUUGCAUCAGCCGCAGGGCUGCAUGUGCUUCCCCGGGCAGGAAGGAGGCAGGGAGGGUCCCUGCGGUCACCCCGGCUGGGCUGGGUGUGGGGGUCCUUCCUAGGCACGCUUCCGUUCUGGGGGGGUGCUGCUGAGGUCCUUCACUGCUGGGAAGGGUCCGGGCAGUUCCCCCCGGCUCCUCCAACUGCAGCGACAGAGGCGCCGUGUGCACAGCAUGGGGAGAGACAGCGUGUGCGUGCGUGGGUGUGCGCACCCGCGUGCGUGCAUAUCUCCUGCCACCAUCCUGAGGGGCCACGGCUGUGCGGCCCCCCCUCCAUUGCACCCACCUCCCUGCCUGGGACCACUUGUAGUUAUUUGGUCCUCCAAGUGCUGAAUAUACAGAAUAUACAUAUUUCUCUCUCUUUUUUUUUUGUUUUUUUUUUGUUUGUUUGUUUUUUCCUCCACUUUUGGCUCUGCCCAACUCCGGACAGCCUGCAAUGUAAAACCAAGUGCAUUUUAAAAAUACCGAAAUGAGCUACACUGGAGAUGCACCAAUUGGAUUAAGAGAUUGUGGGUUGGGAGGCUGCAGCGUGGGCCACGGUCUGUGCCACACAUCCCUCGGUCACUGCCAGAAAAAGCCUUACCCGGGAGGAAGGGGGGCAAUGGCCACAGCCCCGAGGCGGUGCAGAGCUCCCAGGGCUGGGGAGCUGUGUCCCAGCCCCACGCAGAGCAGCGUUGCUGCCCCUGUCAGCCCCAGAAGAGAACAGCAAUUUUAGAGGAGGCUGCCUGACCUAUUUUUGAGCUGCCUGCCAGGGGCCAGGCAGGGUUUCACCCAGAUGGAGCUGCCUGCAGGUGCCUAUGCCUCCUGGGACUCUGUGCUCUAUACAUUGCUCCGGGAGCUCUAUACAUUGCUCCAGGGCCUCUGUGCGUUGCUCUGGGGCUCUGUACACUGCUCCAGGACCUCUGUGCAUUGCUCUGAGUCCCUGUACACUGCUCCAGGGGCUCCCUGUGCUGCUCCAGGGGCUCUGCCCAUUGCCCUGGGGCUGUUUACGCUGCUUUAGGGGCUCUGCGCAGUGCUGUCAUCUUGCAGCUUCGCUUAAAAAAUGCUCCGGCUGCUGAAGCUGCUGCCCCCUCCCGUCCAGCCACACGCUACCCGCAGCAGGCAGGCUGCAUCACUGCCACGUCGCAGCCUCCGUCAGCAUCUCCGCGACAGCCGCUCACUGCCUGUGUCUCCAGACACACCAGCAUCAGCCAGGGCCCAGCAGGCCCAGCACCAAUGGCCUUUUGCUCCUGCGGUGUCUGUCCGGCCCCAUGGGGACCCUCGUCACCUGGGUAUGGGGUGCGCAGGGCAGGCACUGCCAACCCUCACCAGCAGCCGGGGCCAGGCAGCAUCAUUGCCUGCCACGGAGAAGUUGGGUCCCUGCACCCCAGCAGGCACAGCGCUGCUGCGAGCAAUCUCCUGCUGUACAUAGAUCCUUUCGGGGUGGUUUUUAGCAUUUUCAUUGAUAAUUGGGGUUUUGGUUUGGUUUGGUUUGGUUUUAAAGACUCUCUACUUUCGGAAUGUGGUUUUUCAUUUUUACUGCCUUUUAAUUAUUUGUAAUGUUGGUCAGUUCUGUUGUACUCUGUAAAUAGUGGUGCUGGGCAUUACCUGCGGGGCUAGGGGCAGGCAGGGGAUUCACAAAGGCAAUGGGGAAAAUUUGCCUGAGGUGUGGAGGUGGCUGAUUCGGCCCCAGCCCCAGCACAGCCUCUGCCCCCAUCCUCCCCACACGCCAGUGCCUGGCCUGGGGAGAAGCUUUGGGCAAAGCCACGCUUGCCCCUGACCUGUCCUCCUGCUUCCUCUUGUCAGCCCAUGCCAAGGUCGCAUGAAGGGCACCUUCUGCCCCGAUGACAUGCUCCCUACCCGUUCCGUCCUGCACCCCUGUACCAUGCCUGCUUGUCAUGUGAUGAAUAAAGGCCUUGCGACCCCUCACCCAUGCCCUCAGUUCUGCCUUCCCGGGCUGCGGCAGGGGGAC